GUAUUUCAGUGAUCCAGUGAGCAUGGACUGUGGUCACAACUUCUGCCGAUUUUGUAUCACAGAGUACUACGAAAAAUUGGAAAUUGAAGAAGAGGGAGUUUUCUGUCCACAAUGCAGGAGCAAAUUGAAGAAAGAGAAAUCCCAGACCAACAGGCAGCUUGCCAGAAUGGUGGAAAAUAUCCAGCAGUUAGGGAUAAAACCUGAAAACCUAAAAAAGCAGACAGUCGGCAGGGAGCAUGAGGACAAACUCAAGCUGUUCUGUGAAGAUGAUGGUGAGGUGAACUGUCUGCUUUGUGAUAAAACCCAGGAGCACGGAUCUCAUACGCUGGUGCCCAUCGAGGAUGCUGCGCAGGAAUACAAGGUGAAACUUCACAAAGACAUUGAGCAUCUGAAGAAAGUGAGGGAGGAGAUUUCAAAGCUGAAAUCCAAGGAGCAGAAUAAACCGAAAGACUGGAAACAAAGCUCCUCUCUGCAGCAGCUGAUCACAGAGAUGGAGAAGUGUCAGCAGCCAGCCGCUGAGCUGCUGCAG